AUGUCUCUAGUAGCAGAUUGUGAACAAGCUGCUGAUAUAGUUGAUAGAUUAAAAGCUAGUUUACAAGAACAGGGAGAUUUCCAUAAAGAUGAUGAACUCUCGUCAAUUUUAUGUAUGUUAAAAAGUCCUUUGUUUCAUCAACUGCUGACUUUACAAAAAUCAUUACAUAAAUUAAAAGAAGUUUCAGAAACACAACCAAUUACUGAAGAUAGUUUUGACUUUUCUUCCUCUGGGGAACUUCAUCUCCAUCCCAGCUAUGGUCACAGAUAUAGUGAUGAUGAUAUCAAUAGUGACACAGCUACAUUAAACCUACGCCAAGCAUAUCAAAACAAUGCCAUAUCUACGUACAAUUAUAAUAUCGAAUUUCAACGUGCCAUAGAGAAAUCUGCUAAAGACAGAGAAAUUGAAACAAUAAAGCUAUUUAAACCAGAUAAUAGUUCACUAGGUUUUAGUGUUGUUGGUUUGAAAAGAGAAGAUAAAGGUGAAUUAGGUAUCUUUGUUCAAGAUAUCCAACCUGGUGGAAUAGCUGCCAAGUAA